AUGGCAUUACGACCACUAUCAUUACCAAAUUUCUCUGGUGAAUACGAUGAGGAUAUUGAUAUUUUUAAUAGUCGAUUCUCAUCAUAUUUGGCUGAUGUUGCUAUAGAUCCAGUUGCUAGUCGAGAUCAAGCAUUUGGUAUUCUUCGUGGGUGCUUAUAUGGGCGAGCAUUAGAAUGGUUUGAUCGAAAAAUUCUUGCGCAUGACUACGCAAAUAUUGCUGGUAAUAAUGCUGUAACUGUGGCUAAUUCAAUGAUUCCAGCUGAAGCUUUUACCGAAGAUUGGCGCUUGGCUGGAGGGCAAACAUCAGAUAGACCCGUUAAUGCAAUAAAUGCGGGCAACAAUAACCCAAUAGAGAGUGAACCUAUAGGAGAAUUUUACUCAAAACUCUUAAAAUACGGGAAAAUGCUCAAUCUUGAUGAGCAACAGAUUAAGGGCCAAAUUUUACGAGGCUUAUCUCCAGACCUGGAGGAUGAUGCAGAGCGCAUAGUCACUUCAUGGCUAAAAUCUCUUCUGCUUCUUUACGAUCCUGCUCAAUCAAAGCAUAUAGCACUAGCUCCACUAUUAGGUGAAUCAGAAAUUCGAACCAAUUUAGAUCUCGGUUUUCUUUUUUUGACCUGCUUGUUUGGAAUAUUAAUUUGGUUAGAAUUCUCAGUUAUACUAGUUUCUUCGGUGGAUCUGCCAAAGAUAUAG